UUCAGAACAACAAGAAAGAUUACAACAAAAUCAGCAAAAAUUAGAGAAAUUAAAAGGUGUGGUCGAAGGUGAUAAACUUAAUACCCAAAAUUCAGAGCAAAAUAAUUCUAAUGAUAAUUUCCCUAAAAGUUUAAUUUUGGGAGGAACAAUUUUAUUAGCGAUAGGAGGGUUGUUGACA